UUACGGAGCUGCUGCUUUGGCGGGAGUUGGCGGCUGGUGUGAGGUGAGAGGCGCGGUGGUCGCUCCCCAGCGAGGCCAGGUCAGAAGCGGACCGGGAUCAUCCAGGGGCUUUCCUGCUUCAAGAGCCUGGUCUGAGCGGCCUGUUCGCUACCUGGCAGGAGUUGAAGGGGAGGGAGCGCCGGCCAUGCGGGGCCUGUGGCGGGAGUUUCUGUGGGGGAAGGAGAGUGCCAGAGGUGACUGGUUCUUCUAGGCUCUCAUGGCCACCAUGUUGGAAGGCAGAUGCCAAACUCAGCCAAGGAGCAGCCCCAGUGGCCGAGAGACUAGCCUGUGGUCCUCAGGCUUUGGGAUGAAGCUGGAGGCUGUCACUCCAUUCCUGGGGAAGUAUCACCCCUUUGUGGGUCGCUGUUGCCAGACCUGCACCCCCAAGAGCUGGGAGUCCCUCUUCCACAGAAGCAUAACGGACCUAGGCUUCUGCAAUGUGAUCCUGGUGAAGGAGGAGAACAUGAGGUUUCGGGGCUGGCUGGUUCGGAGGCUCUGCUAUUUCCUGUGGUCCCUGGAGCAGCACAUCCCCCCCUGCCAGGAUGCCCCACCGAAGAUCAUGGAAAGCACCAGGGUACAGAACCUCCUCUCAGGGAGGGUCCCAGGAGGCGCUGGGGAAGGCCAGGUGCCCGACCUUGUGAAGAAGGAGGUACAGCGCAUCCUGGGUCACACCCAGGCCCCACCCUGUUCCUUCCUGGUCAGGCUGUUCAGCUGGGCGCUGCUGCGGUUCCUGAACUGCCUCUUCCUGAAUGUGCAGCUCCACAAGGGUCAGAUGAAGAUGGUCCAGAAGGCCGCCCAGGCAGGCUCGCCGCUUGUCCUCCUCUCUACUCACAAAACCCUCCUGGACGGGAUCCUGCUGCCCUUUUUGCUGCUCUCCCAGGGCCUGGGUGUGCUCCGUGUGGCCUGGGACUCCCGCGCCUGCUCCCCUGCCCUCAGAGCUCUGCUGAGGAAGCUUGGGGGACUUUUCCUGCCCCCAGAGGCCAACUUCUCCCUGGACAACUCUGAGGGGCUCCUUGCAAGGGCUGUGGUCCAGGCGGUCAUAGAGCAGCUGCUGGUUAGUGGGCAGCCCCUGCUCAUCUUCCUGGAGGAACCUCUUGGGGCUCUGGGGCCACGGCUGUCAGCCCUGGGCCAGGCUUGGGUGGGGUUUGUGGUGCAGGCAGUCCAGGUGGGCAUCGUCCCAGAUGCUCUGCUGGUACCAGUGGCCAUCACCUAUGACCUGGUUCCGGAUGCACCGUGUGACACAGACCAUGCCUUGGCCCCCCUGGGGCUGUGGACAGGAGCUCUGGCUGUCCUACGUAGUCUGUGGAGCCACUGGGGCUGCAGCUGCUGGAUCUGCUCCCGGGUGCACCUAGCUCAGCCCUUUUCCCUGCAGGAAUACAUCGUCAGUGCCAGAAGCUGCUGGGGCGGCAGGCAGACCCUGGAGCAGCUACUGCAGCCCAUCGUGCUGGGCCAAUGUACUGCUGUCCCAGACACUGAGAAGGAGCAGGAGUGGACCCCCAUAACUGGGCCUCUCCUGGCCCUCAAGGAAGAGGACCAGCUCCUGGUCAGGAGACUGAGCUGUCAUGUCCUGAGUGCCAGUGUGGGGAGCUCUGCGGUGAUGAGCACGGCCAUCAUGGCAACGCUGCUGCUAGUCAAGCACCAGAAGGGUGUGUUCCUGUCGCAGCUCCUGGGGGAGUUCUCCUGGCUGACGGAGGAGAUACUGUUGCGUGGCUUUGAUGUAGGCUUCUCUGGGCAGCUGCGGAGCCUGCUGCAGCACUCACUGAGCCUGCUGCGGGCGCACGUGGCCCUGCUGCGCAUCCGCCAGGGCGACUUGCUGGUGGUGCCGCGGCCUGGCCCAGGCCUCAUGCACCUGGCACGGCUGAGUGCUGAGCUGCUGCCCGUCUUCCUGAGCGAGGCUGUGGGCGCCUGUGCGGUGCGGGGGCUGCUGGCAGGCAGAGUGCCGCCCCAGGGGCCCUGGGAGCUGCAGGGCAUGUUGCUGCUGAGCCAGAAUGAGCUGUACUGCCAGAUCCUGCUGCUGAUGCACCUGCUGCCGCAAGACCUGCUGCUGCUAAAGCCCUGCCAGUCUUCCUACUGCUACUGUCAGGAGGUGCUGGACCGGCUCAUCCAGUGCGGGCUCCUGGUUGCUGAGGAGACCCCAGGCUCCCGGCCAGCCUGUGACACAGGGCGACAGCGAUUGAGCAGAAAGCUGCUGUGGAAACCGAGUGGGGACUUUACUGAUAGUGACAGUGAUGACUUCGAAGAGGCUGAGGGCCGGUACUUCAGGGUGUGUUUCAAAAAGCUGCCCCUGGAGGGAGGUGGGAGGGAGGCGGUGGGGAGCUGCACUCACCCUGGCCUGUCCCCUCUAGCUCAGCCAGCAGUCACACUGCCCAGAUUUCUUUCUCUUCCUCUGCCGCCUGCUCAGCCCGUUGCUCAAGGCCUUUGCACAGGCUGCCGCCUUGAUACUGGUGAGACCCUUGUUCCCUUGCAGUCCUCGAGGCAGGCUCUGUCUGUGCUGGGCGCCAGGUCUAGGUCUUCUCUCUUCUGCAGUCGGGCUACACAGAGCAGCUGUUCCAGUUCCUGCAGGCCACCGCCCAGGAAGAAGGGAUCCUCGGUGAGUCCCAACCAGUCAGCCCAGGCUCCUGGAGGCAGGGGUGUGUUUGCUGGUGGCUCCUGCCCCCUGCCGGACGGUGACAACCCAACUCUAGGAAGGCGGGCUGCAGAGUACAGAGGGUCUUCUGUCCAGUCUGAGCUCUAUCCCUCCCUGGGCUUCUUUAAACAAGAGGAGAGAAGCCUGUGCCCAGUGGCUCCCUGUCCUCCCUACCUAGAGCCUUCACUUCUCUCUUCUUUCCAGAGUAUGCGGACCCAAAGCUCGCCAUCAGUGCUAUCUGGACCUUCAGAGACCUAGGGGGCUGGCCUGAUGGUGCCUCAUUAAGACGCUGGGAUUUACUUGGUGUCUUCCAGCAACAGACGUGGUGAUGGGCUGGAGAAGGUGGGAUGGUUUCCUGCCUCUUGGUCUCCCAAAUCACUGGCUCAUCCUUCUAGGUGGGGUAUUGGGGCUGCUUUGCGGCAGCAUUUGCACUCAAACACUGAGAUCUAAGGGGUCAGAGGUCUCAAGGCAGGUUUCUGGGGGACAGGCCUGGCCCCUGGGCCAUGUGGACACAGUCCCUGUGGUGAGCGCACUCACGGCCCAUCUUCCAUGGCCCAGGUUCUGCAGCAGACGCCGAGCCCUGCAGGCCCCAGGCUCCACCUGUCCCCUACUUUUGCCAGCCGGGACAAUCAGGAAAAACUAGAACAGUUCAUCCGGCAGUUCAUUUGUAGCUAGAACUGUGAGG